GAUCGUCCCUGCCAACUAUUCCUAAGCAGGAGGAGGAGCUGUUCACAGGCAUAAAUAGCCAUUAGGGAUCAGUCCAGAAACCCCUGCAUUCCACCUGGGUGACCAUCUCGCUCUGGACAGCAGCUCUGGGCAGGCAAUGCUGAGAAUGAAGAGAAUGGCGCUGACCCUGGUUCUGGGGCUCUUGGUGGCUGUGUGCUGCCACCCCGGUGGCACAGUGGAUGAGGAGAGCCCAGUCCAGGAGGAGCAGGACAAGGCUAUGCAGGCGGACAUGCUUAGCACCGUUUCCUCUAGCAACACCCAAUUUGCCUUGGACCUCUAUAAGUUGUUGGUCCUCACAAAGCCUGAGGAGAAUGUCAUCUUCUCCCCCGUGAGCAUCUCCACCAGCGUGGCCUUGCUCGGCCUGGGGGCCCGAGGAACCACCCUGGCAGAGAUCGUGAAAGGCCUGAAGUUCAGCCCCACAGAGAGCCGCAUGGCCGACAUCCACCGGGGCUUCCAGCACCUCGUGCGCACACUCAACCAGCCCCGCGAGCAGCUGCAGCUCAGCACGGGCAACGCCAUGUUCAUCCAAGAGCAGCUGGAGGUGCUGGCCUCGUUCCUGGACGAUGCGCGCGCCCUGUACGCGGCCCAGGUUGUCCUCACCGACUUCGAGCAGCCGGCAGCCGCUGAGCAGCUCAUCAAUGACUUCGUCAGCAAUGAGACCUAUGGGAAGAUAGUAGACUUGAUCAGCAACCUGGACCAGGACACGGCCCUGAUUCUGGUGAAUUACAUCUUCUUGAAAGCCAAGUGGGAGACACCCUUUGACCCCGAGGAUACCUUCGAGUCCAGGUUCUACCUGAACAAGAGCCGAUCCGUGCAGGUGCCCAUGAUGAAGGUUGAGGACCUGACCGUACCCUACUUGCGGGACAGUGUGCUGUCCUGCACCGUGGUGGAGCUGAAGUACUUAGGCAACGCCAGCGCCCUCCUCAUCCUUCCCGACAGGGGCAAAAUGCAGAAGGUGGAAGCAAAGCUGCUCCCGGAAACCCUGGCCAGGUGGAGGAACAACCUGAAGCCCAGGUUCAUAGAUGAGCUCUACUUGCCCAAGUUUUCCAUCUCGGGCAACUAUGAACUGCAGAGCUUACUUCCCCAGAUGGGCAUCAGGGAAGCCUUCUCCACACAGAGUGACCUGUCAGGAAUCACCACAAGUCACCAACUGAAGGUCACCCAGGUGGUGCACCGCGCUCUGCUUGAUGUGGCAGAGAACGGCACUGAAGCCGCGGCCGCCACCGGAAUGAAAAUGAUUCCUAUGUCUGCAACACUGAACCCGACAAUUAUACGAUUCGACAGGCCCUUUCUGAUGAACAUCUACGACACAAACAGUGACUCCAUUCUCUUUCUAGGCAAAGUGGUCAACCCCAGUCAGUCACAGAGCUCCUAACUGAGCUGUGGGCUUUCACUGAGGAGCAGGGCUACACAUCCAACAUGCAGGCCUGUGUGUGCAGCCCACGCUGCGUGAGCCCAGUGGCCAAGGCCACACUGGGGAGGUGGCAGUGACUCUGUGACAACCACAUGGCUUCCCCUGGGGCUGUGGCCGCAGUAAACCCUCAUCCUGGGCCUGGACUCUGGUCUUGUGCCCCUCCAUCCUGACACCCCUGUUUCUUUGUGUCUGUCUGCCUCUCCUGCAAACCCACUCCCUCCAGCACACGAGCAGCUCAGUCCCAACCCAAGUUCUGGUCCUUUUUGCCUUCAGAUUCAACAGCCUAGUCAGGUCCACAUGAACACAAAGUCAAAUCCACCUGGAUCUCAGGUCCAGCAAUGAGAUGGGACUCUUUUGCUCUAAGCCCCUUCCAAACUCCGGGGCCACCUGGUGUCUUGAUAUGAGUUGUCUUUCCCCUCCAGUUCCCCAUGUUCUGUCACCCAUGGCCUCUUGCCUGAACUCUAGACCCCCUGAAUCUUUUACUCCUGCAGCUGCUGGAGACCAGUUUUUGGGACCCCCCCUUUUGUCCACCACCCCACCCCAGCUCCUCCAGCUGGUUGCCAGUGGCUAAUUGUGGGUUCAUAGAAGGACUUCACUGGACCAAUGCCCCAUGACCUUGCCACCAGAACAGGUGGGAGACUAGGAGCAAUGAGCACACAUCUGGGCCUUGACAGUUCUGCCCUCCAGACACAACAGCGGUCAUUGUCUUUCAUCGUGGAAUACAUCCUCCUCCAGCCAACUGGAGAUGACUCAUUGAGACCCUGUGAUGGGCUCUGACCUAGAAGUUAUUACUAAUACACUCACACCUGAGGAAAUGGCAGCACAGGGAAAACUGCACUAUCCCCAAGGCCAUGGAGUUAGUUGUUAUAUCAGAAGGUGUUAACACAACCUGAGGGAGGAUGGAGGAACAAUCUGGAAACACAUGGGGUUCUUCCCCUGAGGACUGAAAGGUAGCAGAGCUGCUUCUUGCAUGUUGGCCACGAAAAAGAGAGGAAGAGAGACAGAUGAGCUGUCCCCAUGGGUGUCUUCCUUUUUCUGUUGAAUUCCAUCCAGUCCCCCCAAGGCCCUGCGGUGGGCUGCCGCAAAAGAGGCCCAGGCUCUGAGCCAAUGCAUCCUGCCUCCACCUCCCCCAGGUGACCUCAGCAGGGAACUGGAGCCCAGGGGCUGCUAUGUCAGCCAUGCUUGGCCAUGGUCAGCCAGGAGUGGGCUGUGCUCGCUGGAUGGCCUGAGUGUGUGGACUGGAGGUUCAGCAUCCCUGCUCUCAUUCUUACUAGGAAGCUCCUGGGUUUCUCUUCUCCCUUGUAGAGCAGAAAGAACAGUCCAUACAACCCAUAUUUGCCGGAGGGUGGGACAGCUCUUAAGCCUAAACAAGUGAACAAUCAGGAAGGCCAAGAUAAAAUCAUGUUCUGAGGUAUUGUGGGAUGAGGGACGGAAAGUGAUGUUGCACAAAGAGGAGAAACAGGGACUCACAUCUAGUAACUUAUCUGGCCAGGGUUUGUGUUAUCACAUAGUCUGGCUGUCUUCUAAAAUUUCUCUUCUGAUGUAACAAGCCAAGGAGAGGGCAGUGUACAUGGCUGAGUCAUGAACUGCCAGGAAAGAAACAACCCAACACCACAGCUUGCAAGAAUAAACACUUAUUGUCUCACAGCAUCAGGAAUCCAAGAGGGGCUGAGCCUGUUCUUGCUCAGGGUGUCUCUUCUGAUUCCUCCUUACAUUAUUGGCCAGGACCAAAGUUUCCCCAUCCAAGCUCACUCAUGUGACUAUUGGUGGGAAGUCUCUGUGGGCCUAAUCCGAGGGCUAAAUAAACAUGACUUCCAAGGAAAGGAGGGUGGAGGGGUGGGGAGGAGAUAGGGAGGACUCUGGAAAGGUUGAGCGGGUUCUAGGUAAUGAGUGUUCUCCUUUCUCUGCCCUUCACUAUUACACAAUUCUUAAUCAGAUGUGAUGGAGAGAGUGGCAUGAUCUGGCCUAAGGAGUCCAGAGCCUAUCAUCCCCUGUUAUAAGUGAAACAGCUGGUUCUGGAGGGUUCUAGAAGAUGCUGCCUUAGAUGGCCUAGGCUUUGCUUUCUUGCAAUUUCCCUUCCUUUCUCUCGGUCCCUGGAAAGCACUGUGCCACACAGCACCCUGUAUACAUGGCGCCUGCAGAAUCCACAGGGGUGGCAGAGAAAUGAGACAGAAGGAGCCUGGCUUCAGGACAGGCUGAAGCUACAAUGCCAAACCACUUUAGCAUGCAAGAGUCCAUUUAGCAUGCAAGUAUUGUAUCCUCAAUUCAACUCAAUAAUGUAAUUAAAUAUGUAUUCAACGGUG